AUGAGGCUGCUAAAGUUGCAAUUGGUGGCGUUGUUUCUACUCAUUGGUUUAGGAUCGGCUGUUAAAGAACAUUUGUUCAAAACAUGUGCACAAGCGGGCUUUUGUCACCGGAACCGAUAUUAUGCUGAGCAAGUUAGCAACAACCAGAACUUUGUUUCACCAUACUCUGUGAAACAGGAUUCAGUCUAUCUAGAUGAGAUUGAUAAAGUGAUACAUGGGGAGAUAAUAAAGAGAAUACCAGAACCAAGAUCAGGACAAGGACAAGGACAGAGACAUGGUAAGCUGGUGAGCUUACCGUUUGAGAUUAGCUUUGUAGAAGAUAGUUUCCGGUUCAAGAUGGAUGAAAAAAUUGACAGUAGACAGCCUCAGAGUGAAGUGGUCAAUUCCAAAAGGUAUAAUGAAACUUCGAAAUGGGCUUUUACUGAUAGCAUCAACGUUGGUGUACCUUCACUUGAAUUGACAAAAGAUUCGGCAGUAAUUGGCUUUGCACAACAACAAGUGGUUUUACAAUUUCAACCAUUUAAAUUAUCUUUUUACUUUAAUGGCGAAGAGCAGUUGGUUUUUAAUGAGCAACAAUUCUUAAACUUUGAACACUGGAGACUGCAAGAUGACAACGAAAACAACUUGUUGCCUGAAGAAACCGCUUAUGAUAUGUUUUCAGACUCAUUCGGCGACUCUAGAGCGGACUCCUUGCCAUUUGGUCCGGAAUCAAUUGCUGCAGACUUUACACUUAAAGGGUUUCUGAAUCUCUAUGGUAUUCCAGAACACGCAGACUCAUUGUUGUUGAAAGAUACGAUAAAUGCAGAACCUUAUAGAUUGUACAAUGUGGACAUUUUUGAAUAUGAAGUGGACUCUCGUUUGCCAAUGUACGGGUCAAUACCUCUUUUAUUUGGUGUCAAAAAAGAUGUUGCUUUGGGAAUCUUUUGGAUCAAUAGCGCAGACUCAUUUAUUGAUAUCCUGAGGAAAGGAAAGAACAAAGAGUCAACUUCAUCUAGUUCCUUUGAUUCUACUAAUUCAUCUGUUCACUGGAUGUCUGAAAAUGGUGUGCUCGAUUUCAUCAUUAUUAUGGAGUCCAAAGCUGCAGACUUAAAUAGAGUUUACGGGAAGAUAACAGGUAAUGUACAGUUACCACUCUUGCCUAGCUUGGGCUACCAUCAGUGUAGAUGGAAUUACAACGACAUCAAGGAUGUUCUUGACGUUAGUGCCAAGUUUGACGAGUUUGGUAUACCAUAUGAUAGCAUUUGGCUAGACAUUGAGUAUGCAGACAAGAAACAAUAUUUUACAUGGGAUCCUGAGAACUUUGAUCAACCAGGCAAAAUGUUGGAGACAUUGGAUAGGACUGGAAGGAACUUGGUUGUUAUUAUUGACCCACACUUGAAAAAGGGCUACGAAAUAAGUGAUGAGGUUAUACGCAAAAACAUUGCCAUGAAGGACUCAAAAGAUUCGGUAUUCAGUGGCCAUUGCUGGCCCGGAGAAUCGGUUUGGAUUGAUACCUUGAACCCCGAAUCUCAACCAUUUUGGAACCAAGCACAUGAAAAAUUCAUGUUAUCCAGUAAGCACAAGAACUUGCAUCUAUGGAAUGAUAUGAACGAGCCGUCGGUGUUUGAUGGACCAGAAACUAGUGCGCCAAAGGAUAACCUUCAUUAUGGACAAUGGGAGCACCGUUCAAUCCAUAAUCUCUUUGGUCUCACCUACCAUGAAGCCACACACAAGGCUUUGUUGAAUAGGUUUCCUGCUCAAAGACCAUUUAUAUUGACACGUUCAUACUUUGCCGGUAGUCAAAGAACUGCAGCAAUGUGGACUGGUGACAACAUGUCCAAAUGGGAAUACCUCAAGGCAUCAAUACCUAUGGUGCUCACAUCCAACGUUGUUGGUAUGCCGUUUGCAGGUGCCGAUGUUGGUGGUUUCUUUGGAAACCCUUCACCAGAAUUACUUACUAGAUGGUACCAAACAGGUAUUUGGUAUCCAUUUUUCAGAGCUCAUGCUCAUAUUGACUCUAGAAGAAGGGAGCCAUGGUUGAUUGGAGAUCCAUACACUGUAUAUAUCAGAGAUGCUAUUAGAUUGCGUUAUGCAUUAUUGCCAGUUUGGUAUACCAGCUUUUACCAGGCUUCGCUUAGUGGGUCUCCAAUAAUGAAACCAUUGUUUUACGAAGCUCAAAACUCGAGCGACGAGUUAAUUUUUGAGAUUGAUGAUGAGUUCUUUAUUGGUGAUUCGGGUAUUUUGGUGAAACCUGUUACCACCGAGGGGCAGACUCAAGUUGAGUUUUAUAUACCAAAGGAUGGUGAAGAUGGAUCUAUUUAUUAUGACUUUACAAAUGGAAAAAUUGGAGAAAAGAUUACCGAGUCCACCGUUACUGUUGCAGCAGGGCUCGACCGCAUCCCCAUGUUAUUAAAAGGAGGAUCAAUAGUUCCUAUGAAGUCUAGAUAUAGAAGAUCUACAAAAUUGAUGAAGCACGAUCCUUAUACUUUAGUUAUAGCUCUUGAUGCCGAUGGAAAAGCCAAAGGUAAUCUUUAUAUUGACGAUGGUGAAACUAUUGGAGGAUCAUACAAGUACAUCACCAUCAAGGCUGAUAUCAACUCUGGUAUAUCGUUGGAAAUUGAAGGAGAUUACGAAAAGGAUGCAAUAAAUAUUGAAACCAUAAUCAUUGCAGGUGUACCAAAAGAACACAUUAAAGAUACAACUGUAAGUUCGGGAAAGAUUCAGCAUAGUGGAUCGUCGCAUUUAACAAUUGUUCAUCCAACAAAGUUCCCAUUAUUGUUUGGAGAUGCUGAUACUAAAAUUCCUCAUCAUGAUGAGUUGUAA